AUGUCAUAUUAUAGCACACUAGAGGUGCUAGCUCUUUGUGAUGCCCUAGAUAAAGUGCCACACAUACGACAGGGUGCAAAUGGUCCGAAACGUUCAAUAGGCGAUUCAAUUGAGAAUGGUGAGGUGAAAAUACCUAAAUUAUCCAAACCAUACCAAAAACAUGAUUUCUUGGAGUUGGAUUCAGUAUAUAAAGACAAGAAGCAACAUCCAGUUCCCAAGGCUUAUAACGAUGAUGUUAUAAAGCAACAGAUUUUAUCUUCUUCAGAGGCUGCCAACUCAUCACAAUCAAGACCUAGUUUCAUGCCUCAACAAUCAGGUUCAUUAAAUGAUACCCAUCAACAACAAGCUAGAGCAUUACAAAACAAAAAAGCACUUCAGCAUCAAAAUUUCCAAAACUCAUCAUCUAGACUCCCUGGGUUAUCCACCCCAACUGCCUUUGCCAGUCCUCAAGCAUUGAAUAGAUCAUCUAUAACGUCAACACCAACUACCCCUACACUUCACAAACACUUUGAUACCUAUACACCAAGAAUAAAUUCCAAGAACAAUUCUGCAUCAACUUCAAGAUCUUCUACACCAGGAAUUACUCCACAUAAUGCUGGACAGACUUUGAAUGAUGAUGGAACUCACGAAGAAUGUGAAUUUUGUCAUAGAAUUUUCAGAGGUCCUAAAUCAUCAACUCAUAAGCAGCAACAUAUCAAAAGAAUACAUCCUGAUUCUUAUGUGAGGAAGAAAGGUGGUAUCAAAAGAGAUAAAUCAUUUACAACAAUAAGGUUUGAUUAA